AUGAGGGGACAAUAUGCUUUUCACUACACUGCUGCUUGCCACAACCUCUUCUCUUCUACAAAAAACUUUUCCUUGAACUACUCGGCUGUUACUUUCAGGAGAAAUGUCACUUUUAUAUUGGCUCCUGUUAUAUUUAAGAAAUGUGGAAGUAAUUCAACUGAUUGUCAAUUCUGCCUUCUGGAUUUCUGGCCCAAUGAAAGGCGUGACAAAUGCAUUCCCAAAUCUACUGAAUAUCUGUCUUAUGGUGGUCCACUAGGUGUAACUUUGACUACUGUCAUUACAUGUCUAACCGCAUUAACAUUAGCUGUGCUUGCAGUUUUCUUUGUACACAGAUAUACUCCAGUAGUGAAAGCUAACAACAGGUUACUAAGUUUCCUUCUCCUCUGGUCUCUUGCAAUAUGCUUUCUCAGUACACUGCUUUUAAUUGGACAACCCACAAAAUUAACAUGUAUGUUUCAGCAAGCAGUGUUUGGUAUUAUAUUUGUCCUUUGUAUUGCUUGUGUUCUUGCUAAAACUGUUAUGGUUAUCAUUGCUUUUAAGGCUACCUUUCCUGAUAGUAAGCUAAAGAGAUGGGUUGGACCAAAGCUACCAAUGAGCAUUGUAUUUAUCUGCACAUUUCUGCAAGCAACCUUGUGUAUUUGUUGGAUAACCAUUUCACCUCCAUUUCCUGAACGAAACCUGAAAUCUCAGGCAGGAAAAAUAAUCAUUCAGUGUAAUCAAGGGUCAAAUGUAGCAUUCUGGAGCAUGCUGGGAUUCAUUGGAUUACUUUCACUGAUAAGCUUUAUUGUAGCAUUUCUAGCAAGAAAUUUACCUGAUAGUUUCAAUGAAGCAAAAUAUCUCACUUUCAGCAUGAUUGUCUGCAUAAGUGUCUGGUUGUCUUUUAUACCUGCGUACUUAAGUACACAGGGAAUGUAUAUGGUAGCAGUGGAGGUGUUUGCAAUUUUAUCCUCAAGUACUGGCCUCUUAUCUUGUAUCUUUUUCCCUAAGUGUUACAUUAUUUUAAUGAGACCUUACAUGAAUUCUAAGGAAUAUUUAAUGGGGAGAGCCGCACAAAUCACUUAG